AUGACGAAACGCACUCGCAAGGUCGGCGUUACCGGCAAGUACGGUACUCGUUACGGUGCUUCCCUGCGCAAGCAGGUCAAAAAGAUGGAAAUCACCCAACAUGCACGGUACACCUGCACCUUCUGCGGCAAGGACUCUGUAAAACGCCAGGCUGUUGGUAUCUGGAAGUGCAACUCUUGCAAGAAGGUCAUCGCUGGCGGCGCAUGGACCGUCUCGACAACGGCGGCAGCAACCGUCCGCAGCACCGUCCGUCGGCUGCGGGAAAUCACGGAGGCGUAA